CUUGGGCGUGCAGCGGGCGCAGUAAUGGGAAAACGACGCCCGGUAGGAACUAAAGCUGAUUUGGGGGAAAUGAAGACGCGUCUCACUUCAUCUGGCACAGAGCUCUCACUGAACUCCUGACUCAGGUGAACGAGUGUGUGUACGCAGGGCAGGAUGUGAGGUCAUGAUUCAUCUUUUCUCACCGUCCUGCACCAGGGUGUGAAUGAGGAGCCCCGCCCCUCUCCACCUGACAGCCAAUCAGGAUGCUCGAGGUGAAGCAUAUGAGCGCGGAGAAGAAGGAGACGGCCGUGGGAACAGAUGAAGGCUGUAGUGUGUGUGUGAGCAGCGCAGACCCUGUAUACGUGUACGAGACUCAGGACUGGAUGAUUUCUCCCGAUUGCUCUCCGGAUGAUCACAGCUCCAUCUCUCCACUGCUGGCCGAGGAGACGUUUCGUUACAUGACUUUUCUCGCCAUGGAGCCCUCCUCCUCCUCCUCCUCCUCUCUCCCCCGCUCUCACACUUUUUCCAAAGUUCUUACCUCUGACCGGGUGGAGCAGAUGACCAAAACCUACAAUGACAUCGAGGUGGUCACACACCUGCUGGCCGAGCGGGAUCGGGACCUGGAGCUGGCUGCUCGGAUUGGUCAGUCUCUGCUGCACAGGAACCAUGUCCUACAGGAGCGCAACGAAUCACUGGAGGAGCAGCUCACACAGACGCUGGAUCAGGUCCACCAGUUGCAGCAUGAGCUGAUGAAGAAGGACGAGCUUUUGCGGAUGGUGUCGAGUGUGAGUGAAGAGAGUGAGACAGACUCCAGCUCUUCUCCAUCGCUCCCCCGCGCUCCCUCUAAUCACACACUCACACACUCACUAACACUCAGCCAACUUGACCUGCUGCAGGGCAAACUGCAGGAACUCGAAGAGGAGAACCUCAAACUACGGGUAGAGGCGAGUCAGCUGAAGAAGGACACCAUCACGUACGAGGAGAAGGAACAGCAGCUGGUCAGCGAUUGUGUUAAAGAGCUUCGUGAGUCGAACUCUCAGAUGGUGAAUCUGACUGAAGAACUUUCUCAAAAGAAUGAGGAUCUCAUGAAACAGCAGGAGGAAAUCUCCCAACUUCUGUCACAGAUAGUGGAGCUGCAACAGCGCCUCAAACAGCUGGCACUGGAGAAAGAAGAGCUCAGGAUUCAUCUACAAGCUUCGAAGGAUGCACAGCGACAGCUAACGGCUGAGUUAAAUGAGCUGGCCGACAGGAACGCGGAGUGUGUUGGGAUGCUGCAUGAGUCGCAGAAAGAGGUAAAGGAGCUGCGCAGUAAGAACACACCGUCCACGGGUCUGCGCAGACAUCUCUCACACAACGUCUACCCCAUGGAGUGUCUGGCGGCUGAGAUUGAAGGCACUAUGAGAAGGGAGUUGAGUGUAGAGGAAGAGAUCGCUUUUCAGGACCAGAGGUCAAGCAACAAGCGCGUGUUUCAGACAGUCAGGUCAGCGAAUGAGUCAAUAACACGGGGAGCAGAAUCGGCAACGCCUCCUAUUCCUGGGUCCGGGCGCUCAAGCGUGGUGAUGACGUCGCAGCCGUUUCACUCCACCACACACACCCCAGACACCCAGCACGGCACGGACAACAGUGUCUGCACGGGCCGUCCCGGCUCUCCUGGAGGAAGUGACCUCGUCUCUGCGCUGCGUCGCCUCACUCUGAGGAGGCAGAACUUCCUGUCUGAGCGUCAAUACUUUCAGACCGAGCGGAACAGGAAGCUGUCGGAAGGGGCGGAGUCAGAGUGUGGCGGGAGUGGCUACAGCUCUCCACUGGGAAGCGUACGCUCGUCCUUCAGCAACCUCUCCGAGUUCUCGUUGUCCUCCGGGUGCUUUAAGACAUUUUUGCCUGAGAAGCUGCAGAUCGUAAAGCCCAUGGAAGGCUCUUUGACCCUGCAUCACUGGCAGCAGCUGGCGAAGCCUCACUUGGCCUCCAUCCUUGACCUGCACCCGGGCGUGGUCACCAAGGGCUUUAGGCCCCUCCCCCAUGAUGCCGUGUAUCAUCUCAGCGACCUGGAGGAGGACGAGGAGAACCAUGGACGCGCAGUGCCAUGGUUAGACAAGGGACGAGAUGAGAGGAGAACCGGAGACGAGGGUGAAGACGAAGGGAUCACUUUCAACGUGCACUCAUCCUCCACUCCCGAGCAAAGGAAAGAGAAGAAUGUUUUCACGCCACUCAAAGCCCCGCCUCUUUCGCCACCUCUUAGAGCAUCGCCUGCAUCACAGGCUGCACCCGUGACCUUCGACACGUUGGUAAAAGCAGCAGCAGGGUACACGGCGCUUCCAGGGUCACAGUCAAGCCUGAGUGCUGCUGCUACUACUACUACUACUACUUCUACUUCUACUACAGCGCCCUCUAUAGCAGUAAACCCGGGGAAGUGUCAGAGCUCCACCUUCUCCACCUACACCUUCACCACCUGCCGCAUCCUGCACCCCAGUGAUGUCACGCAGGUCACACCCAGCUGUGCGUCCACGCCGAGUUCUCUCCGCUCCGUCCCCUCGACUCCGGUGACCCCCUGCAGGUUGAAUCUUGGUGACUCGUGCUCUCCACGUCGCAUCGCAGCGCCCCCUGCUGGUCUGGCUAAGCUCCUGUUGGAGAAAGGCAUCUCCGCACAGAAAGUCCCUGCUCCCUCCAAACUGCCCCAGUCCCUGCGCCUGCUCCCCACUACCCCUCCUAACUCCCCCUGCCCCUCCCCCGUACCCUUUGACGCAACCUCCACACUUCCCGACAACUUCCUGGCGUCGCGGCCAGCCGAGCUCUUCCUGCAGGACGUGUACGGCGUGAAGCCCGAUCUCGUCGAGCGUCUGCGCAAGCUCGGAUUGGACAAAAACGUCAUUGGGACCGACCCGGACGCCGCUUCCCGGACAUCCACCCUGUUACCGACAGGCGGAGGAAGCUUAUUGGUGGGUCUGAGGCGGAACCAAAGCCUGCCCGCUAUGGUCGGUCAGCGCAGCCCGUCAUACCCUGCUCCGCCGCCUCACCCCACCUCGCUUGCUCUUCCUACGCCACCCUGGGGUAACUUGAAACCACGCCCUACUCAUAGACACGCCUCUCUUUCUCAAGCUCCUUCUAUUUUACAUGAGCAUUAAGAAGGGAAGAGAAUUGUAUUUCGUUGAUGUGGCCUAAGAGACGGUAUGAAUAAAACACUGACUUUUUUUUUUUUUUUUGCUUUCGCUUGCCUUCCUACGAACUAAUAACAGUUUAAAAGAAGACGUGAUGGCUGGUCUUUGUUUUAAAAAGCACAGUUAUGUAAAUAGUUGUAAGUAUCACCUGGAAUGAUUGCGUGUCCCGACCUGGGUCAACAAGGGUGGAGCUUAAGGGGCGGAGCUUAAAUUUGUCCUCAAUUGUCAAUUUAAUACAAAUUGGAAAUACCACAUGAUCUAGUAGGAUGUGAACCGUUAACUAUCUUGCUAGCAAACGCUACAACGUGGUGAUAGACUAGCCAACCCAAGAGUUAUAGUUUUUCCUGCGGUGUUGUCUUGGUAAACCCUGGCUACAUGACUAGCUAUAUAUUAUGAUAUAGGAGACGGUUAUGUCAGCUAAUAUUAGAACAGUUCUGUCCUCACCUAGCUGCCUACUGUAGAUUAGCAAAUUAGACUCGAGUACGAAAUGAAAACACACCCGGGUUGACUCAGGAACGACAACGUCCAGGAUCCACCGAUCAUCAGAUAUGACCGUUUUUUUGCGUCCAACGUUCACGCUGUCCAGCGUCUCAGCCUUUAACCUCUGUCGUAGUCACGCUUGUCUGGUGAUCAUCGAGGCUCUGCAGGUCCUGAAAGGUGACAGAAUGUCUAGCAAGGAUUCGGCACGUAGGGUGAAGUGAUUUUUAAAGAAAGUCUGUACUAGCACGUGGAUUUAUUUGAGCGUAGAGGGUUUGUAGUAAGUCGAACAGAAAGCAAGAUGAAUGAGGGCUAUGAAAGUGAUGAAAGAUGUGAUUCGAAAGUAGAAUAAGAGAAAAUAGGAAUUAAUGAAAUGAUGAUCGUGCAGAGCCUCAGAAAGGGAAAAAAAAUGUCCUGGUCAACACUAAGUAUUAGCUUUCGUCAGACGUAUCGCUGCAUCUACAUCUCCUUAUACAGCAUGCAUGAUCUUUAUAGUUAUAUCUCCUAAAGUGCAUUUAACAGCAGGUUUCAUGAUACUUAUUCUAUUACCGGAUUUAUAGGUGCGUUAGGUAAGUCCUUUUAAAAAAAAUAAAAA